AAGAGCAACUGCAAGACUCGCUCUAAAGAUUGCAUCCCCCAUGACCCCGAUACUCCGCAUUUUGGCUGGCGAUCUGACCUGAUUGGGGAGCAGUCGCUAUUGACGGCUGAACCUGGAGUACUCCAGACUCCUCCACAUUCCGCGACUGCCGAUGACUCCGGGUUGGUCGUCAGCGCUGGCAAGUGACAUCGGCUCUUGCGAGACCUUCUUAUGCCGUGAAGCCUCGAGUAUAAAUGCUGCUUUGCAGCAUUGUUCAGUAUGGCUCCUGGCAGCCUUCAGAGCGCUCUAGAAUAUUUCCGUUUCUCUGAAAGAUGCGAACGGCAUUCAUCUGUUUGCUCGGUUUCUCGGCCGGCGGCCUUGUUGUCUCGGCUGAUUCGGCUGAACCUACAGCCCAUGUUCGUAAUGGUACUUAUGUCGGUGUGAGAAACACGGAGUACGAACAAGACUUCUUUCUCGGUAUGCCUUAUGCGCAACAGCCUGUUGGUAACUUGCGAUUCACGGUCCCCAAGUCUCUCAAUGAAAGCUGGGACGGUGAGCGCCAGGCGAAGGCGUAUUCGGACAUCUGUGUCGGAUAUGGGACGGACUCCAUAUGGUACCCGCAGUCCGAAGCUUGUCUUACUCUGAAUGUCAUUCGUGCAUCGACUGUCAACGAGAGCUCGCGCCUCCCAGUCGGCGUCUGGAUUCAUGGAGGGGGCUUUACCGAGGGAUCUAGCGCUGAUCAGCGCUACAACAUGUCCGCCAUUGUCGCCAAUGCUCAUAAAAUUGGCAAGCCAUUCAUUGCAGUGUCGCUCAACUACCGUCUGUCGACUUGGGGUUUUAUAAGCUCUAGCCAAGUCAGCGGCACUGGGAACACCAAUCUCGGGCUUCGGGAUCAAAGACUAGCACUUCACUGGAUCAAAGAGAACAUCGCAGCCUUCGGUGGCGAUCCAACCAAGAUUACCAUAUGGGGUGAGUCUGCUGGGGCGAUGUCCGUCGGAUAUCACCUUGCAGCUUACGGAGGCAGAGACGAUGGCCUCUUCCGUGCAGCUAUCAUGGAGUCUGGAGGAACCAUUGCUGCAUCACCAAACAACUAUACCGGCUACCAGCCGCUCUACGACGACCUAGUAGCCAAAGUCAACUGCUCCAAUGUUGUCGACUCGUUGCAGUGCCUGCGCGAGGUCCCAUUUAAAGAAUUGAAUCGCGUCCUCAACGGGACUGAUGGACUGUCAAACUACGCCUUUUCGCCCGUCAUUGAUGGUGACUUGAUCCAGACUUGGGGUAGUCUUCAACUCGAUCGCCAGGAAUUCGUCCAGGUUCCCAUCAUUGCUGGGACGAACACCGACGAAGGGACGGCAUUUGGGCCCACCGGGAUAAAUACGACGCAGGAAUUUUAUAAAUAUCUUACCGAUGGCGAAUCGGGCUUCCAACUACCCCCAAACAUCGCCAAGCGGAUCCUGGAGCUCUACCCUGAUGAUCCCUCGUUAGGCAUUCCCGAGUUCCUUGGCUCCAGACGAGCCCUAUCCAAGGGCUACCAGUGGCGACGCACCUCUGCGUAUGCAGGCGACGCGACAAUGCACGCCAACCGACGACGACAGUGUGAGGCGUGGACGGCGACCAACACGACGGCCUACUGCUACCGCUUCAACGUGCGGUCCGCGGAUGUUCCGGUCUUGUCUGGAGCGACCCAUUUCGAGGAAGUGGCCUUUGUCUUCAACAAUAUCGCCGGCCUUGGGUACCACUACGGGCUUCCGUUCGCGGGGGUGCCCGAGUCGUAUGUGCAACUGAGCCAGCUGAUGACCAGCAUGUGGGCGUCUUUCAUCCACGAUCUCGACCCCAAUUCGGGCAUUGGGAACGACUCUGCGGUCCGGUGGCAGGCCUACGGACAGGGUCGGCCGGUCGACCUGGUGUUCAAUGCCAAUACCACUAGCUAUAUGGAGUCAGACACGUGGCGAAAAGAGGGGAUUGACUAUCUCAACUCCGUGGCGACUGCGUACUGGCGAUAGACUCUGGUGUAGCUCUUCUCUUCAACCGCGCAUUAAUCGUUGGAAGUCCCGCAUUGUGCCCACCAAAAGCAUUGGAGUACAGCCGAGUUCCCUUCUGCAGAGAUGCAGAAUAUACCACUUGAAAUGGAGAACUAGAGGUGCGAGUCUCGGGGUCGGAUCGGAAACCGUAGAUGCGGCUUACGAGAUGGAGGGGGAUCAA